UGUUUAACUCGAAAACAACUGUGGAUCGUCGAUUUCGUAUGCCUUCGUAAUAAACAAAGACAAACCUAUUAUAAGGAAAACCCUACAUAGAAUCGACUCCAUAGCCGAGAGGGCUUAGAAUCUGCUGCUGCACCUCCAAAAGUUUGCUCAGGUAAUGGCUCCAAAACAGCCAAACACGGGUCUCUUUGUGGGAUUGAAUAGAGGUCAUGUUGUGACCAAGAAAGAAUUAGCUCCACGGCCUUCUGAUCGUAAAGGAAAAACCAGUAAGAGGGUUCAUUUUGUGCGGAACUUGAUUCGCGAGGUUGCUGGUUUUGCUCCUUAUGAGAAGAGAAUCACCGAGCUUCUCAAAGUCGGCAAGGACAAGCGUGCUCUGAAAGUGGCUAAAAGAAAGCUAGGAACCCACAAGAGAGCAAAGAAGAAGCGUGAGGAGAUGUCCAAUGUUCUCCGCAAGAUGAGAGCUGGAGGAGCUGGAGAGAAGAAGAAAUGAGACAUUUUUCUUGAAUUUGUUAGUAUUUUGCAGAUUGCUUAUUGCCUAGAAUCCAACUUUUAGAUAAGUCUGACUAUAUUUUAGUUUGUGCAAUGUUGUUUAUUUCAAAUAUUUUGAUUGUGUUUAUAACAGAGGAAGGGGAUUGACUAAUGGGAAGUCAUCAAAUUCCCAUAAUCAUAAUUUUGAUUUUCUGUCUCAGAA